GUGAAACUGUAAUAAUAAAGUGCCACACUAACGUUCAGAGCACAGAGAAAGAAGUUCACAUGUAUUUGUGUAAAAAUGGAGUGGGAGAGAGAAUGGAACCACUGGAAAAUAAGGAUGAGCAGAUCUUCAUUUUGAAGAAUGUUUCUGUACGGGAUUCUGGUAUCUACAGUUGCAUGUACUCAUUUACAAAAUAUCCUCUAAAAAACGUCACAGGAUCAGGGACAAACUCAAUCCAUCUCAGAGUCACUGGUAAUAAUUCGGGCAUUUUUCCAGCAAACAUUUUUGGAGCCUCCACAGCAGAAGUUGGGGAAAAUAUAACAUUAACGUGCAUCAUCUCAAACAUUCAGAGUUCAAACAAAGAGUUUCACAUGUAUUUGUGUAAAAAUGGUGUUGGGGAGAGAUUAGAAAUACUUUUAAAUAAAGCAGAGCACAUCUUCACUUUGAGCAGUAUUGCAGUACAGGAUUCUGGUAACUACAGUUGCAUGUACUCAUUUACAAAAUAUUCUCCAAAGAAUGUCACAGGAUCAGGGACAAACUCAAUCCAUCUCCAAGUCACAGCAAGUGACAUCACAUCCUUCCAGCAAGUUCAGAAGAGAUGUUUAAGCUCACCAGAGGAGAGGAAGCCAUUAUAG